UGUGAUUUAAAUAAACGAAAUAGUGCAAAUAAUGUAAAAUAGUUUUCGCCGGAAGAAUUAUUAUAUUUGCAAGAAUUUCACUGUGAUAAAAAUUAAUAUGCUAAGUGAUACAUGUAUUAUUUAAAAUGACAGUUACCUAUACAGGAGAAGUAGCUACUUGUCGUGGCUUUGGAACUUUUUUAAGAGUAUUGUACAAAUGGAGAGGAAGCAUAUACAAACUAGUAUGGCUAGAUUUACUAGCUUUUUUACUUAUUUAUUAUGUAUUAAAUCUUACCUACCGCCUGCUUUUGGAUGAGGAAUCAAAAAGAUUGUUCGAAGGAGUAGUAAAUUAUUGUAGUUUUCACGGAAAUGUGAUUCCAUUGUCUUUUGUGCUUGGUUUUUAUGUUACUGUUGUGAUGAAUCGUUGGUGGAAUCAGUAUACUACCAUACCCUGGCCCGAUUCCAUAGCUGUGUUCGUAUCCGCUACAAUACACGGUCAGGACGAGCGAGGGCGGCUGAUGAGACGAACUAUUCUGCGAUACGUGUGCUUGUGUCUAACUAUGGUGCUAACUAUGAUCUCACCGCGAGUAAAGAAACGAUUUCCUACAUUAGAUAACCUAGUCGAAGCUGGUCUUCUGCUAGAAAACGAAAAGGUUAUACUGGAUAACCUGAAUGCAAAGUUUCCCAAGCCCUCCAAACAUUGGUUACCAAUAGUAUGGGCUACGAGUAUAGUGACGAGGGCCCGCAAAGAGGGCAGGAUAAGGGACGACUUUGCGGUCAAAACUAUAAUAGACGAACUGAACAAGUUCAGGGGACAGGCUGGGUUGCUGCUCAGCUAUGACACCAUCAGCAUACCACUCGUAUACACACAGGUAGUUACCAUAGCAGUUUACUCGUAUUUUAUAACAUCCGCGUUGGGUAGCCAGUGGGUGGACAACAAACUGAACACGACGUCGUCGGCCUACAUAUCUAAUAUAGACCUUUAUUUCCCAAUAUUCACAACACUAGAAUUCUUCUUCUACAUGGGCUGGCUGAAAGUGGCGGAGUCCCUUAUAAACCCCUUCGGCGAGGAUGACGAUGAUUUCGAAGUCAAUUGGCUGAUCGAUAGAGAUCUGCAAGUAUCAUACAUGAUCGUGGACGAGAUGCACCACGAGCAUCCAGAGUUGAUCAGGGACCAAUACUGGGACGAGGUGUUCCCGUCCGAGCUCCCAUACACGAUAGCCACGGAGAACCAGCGCGAGGAGCACCCGGAGCCGUCGACGGCGCGAGUGGCCGUCCCCUUGCGCCAACGGAGCAUGGUCACCGUCAACCCUUCGUCGCUCAAAAUCGACGAGAUGGUACCCUCAAACACCGUGAGUUACAAGUUCGCCCCGCCCGAGCAACUGCAAAUGAACGACGACGCUCAAUCUGGAAUCCAUUUCAUCGUGUCUCGAGGAAGCAGGCGAGGGAAGAAGGACGACAAUAAUCUGGGCUCGAGCAACUCUAUGGCGUCGCUGCAACAGCCCACGAUAGCCAGGACCGCCUCGGUCACUUCGAUGCUGAAGAGACUGUUCUCGAAGGAGGAGCAGCGACCACCCUCAGCGACGGUGGCCUCGGCGCCCACACAAACCGACAGCGGUGGUCGGUUCACAAUAUCUGCGAGUAAUCCAACUCUGAACAAGCCCGCUGCGGCGGCGGGCGGCAGCAUGAAGAUCGCCAACGAGGUGAUAGAGGAAGUCGACGAACAGGCCACCAUCACCAGCAUGGCAAAGCGGCCCGAAGUCAGACCGACGGCGAUGAGUAUAUUCGCCCAAGGCCCGCCUCCGCCCAGCGACCCAGUCAACGUGCCUUCGCGGAAUGCUAAUCAUGUUACAAAGGAAUCUCGUCUGUCCUCAUCGGCACCGGUGAACCAGUGGACGCGGGAGGACACAGACAAGAGCCCCGCGGCGAACUCUCUCGCCACACAGAACUCCUUCCCUGGCCUGCCGCGCCAGCGACUCGACAGCGACGUCGGCGCGUCGCUCAGCGCCGCGUGCAGCGAGACCGUUUUGGAUGAAGUAGAUGGUGGAGAUGAGGAAUUGGAUGAAUUCGACAGACUGAAAAGUAUACGAGAACAACAUCGCCGGGAUAAAUAUAUGCAGAAGCUGCUUGCUCGUUCUGUCAGCGCGCAACAGGGAGCCGGAAGUGGUGAAAUCUUAGCAGACUUAUUACUAGAAGAAAUAAUGCAAUCAACAAAAUCGAAUAAAGAAAAUACAGAAGGCAAUUCUAAAGAAGAAACCACUUGACAAAGUAUGAUAUUUUUAUGGGAUUAAAAUCGAAACAUUGACUUUUUCUUCAGUAUUAAAAAUUGUGAUACAAUUUAUAAUGUUAGAACAUUAUGCUGUGACUUACGAAAAUCUUAUAA